GCCAUUGGAAUAGGGAAUACCGAGGUGGCGCAUAGUUUUCGUCAGGUUAAACGUCACUCUCCCGAGUCCCGUCAGGUGAGAAACGUCAGUCAGACACCUUUCGGGAAGAAGAAGAGAAAGAAAGUCCGCUCCGACAAUAACAACCGUCACAAUGAUGACCACUAAACCAGGAAAGCAAGGCACAAAAGGCCAGAAGCAGAUUCUUCAGGAAAAUACUGAAACAUUGAAUUUCUAUCGGUACAUGAUGCUCGGUGCAGCUGGUAUCUACUUCAUACUUGGGAUGAUAUUCUUUGCUGAGUUUCCUACACUAGAUUUGGUACUUAUGGGUUUUGCUGGCAUGGUGUGGUUUGCCUGCUUCCGUUUUAUGUCAUCUAUGGCCACACCCAAACUUGCAGCAGAUGGUUCUAUCCUAGAUGAAGGGUGUGAUUUGAAUAUGGAAGGUGGAUUAGCAGAGUAAGUAAUAAUGCAACAUGUGUG